ACGGCGGUCAAAGACAGCAAUUUUGCAUCCAUGGCGUGGUUCCAAGCUCACGAGCUCUUCGCAUGGCUCCUCGUCGUCGUCGCCACCCUUCUGGUCCUCAAGCAGCUGCUCGCCCCGGCCAAGAAACGCGCCGCCUCGCCUUCCCUCCCGCGGCCGAGGGGCCUGCCCCUCAUCGGCAACCUCCACCAGCUUGGCGCGCUCCCGCAGGACUCCCUCGCCGUGCUCGCCACCAGGCACGCGGCGCCGCUGAUGCUGCUCCGCCUCGGCUCCGUGCCGACGCUCGUCGUCUCCUCCCCGGACGCGGCGCGCGCGUUGUUCCAGCACAACGACCGCGCCCUGUCCGGAAGGCCGGCGCUCUACGCUGCGUCCCGCUUCUCCUACGGCCUGCAGAACAUCUCCUUCGCGCCAACCGAAGGCACGUUCUGGCGCGCCGCGCGCCGUGCGUGCCUGUCCGAGCUUCUGGGCGCCCCGCGCGUGCGCGGGUUCCGCAACGCAAGGGAGGGCGCGGCCGCCGCGCUCGUGGCAGCCGUGGAAGACGCGUCCGGAGCUGGCGCACCGGUCGACCUGAGCGGGCUGCUUAUCGCCACGAGCAACAGGAUCGUGACGCGAGUCGCCUUUGGAGACCGCGACGACGGCGGCUUGGAGACGAGCGCUGUGCUCAAGGAGACGCAGAGCCUGCUGGGUGCCUUCUGGGUGGCCGAUUACGUGCCGUGGCUCGGCUGGCUAGACGCGCUCCGCGGCCUGCGGGGGCGCCUGGAGCGGAACUUCCAUCAGCUCGACGCGUUCUACGAGCGCGUCAUCGACAGCCACCUCAAUAAGCGCACCGACGAGGAGGAUGAGGAGGAGGACUUGGUCGACGUGCUCCUCCGCCUGCACGCCGACCCGGCGCAGGGGGGCACCUUCGGAAGUCGCGACCGGAUCAAAGGCAUCCUGACGGACAUGUUCAUUGCCGGGACGGACACGUCGGCGGCGACGGUGGAAUGGACGAUGACGGAGCUGGUCAACCACCCGGACGUCCUGGCCAAGGCGCAGCACGAGGUGCGCAGCGUCGUGGGUGACGGCAGCGACAUGGUCCGGGAGCCCGACCUCCGGGGCCUGGAAUACCUGAAGCUGGUCAUCAAGGAGUCCAUGCGGCUGCACCCGCCGGUGCCGCUCCUGGUGCCCCGGGAGACCAUCGAGCCGUGCACGGUCCAAGGCUGCGAGGUACCGGCCGGGACGCGGGUGCUCGUGAACGCGAAGGCCAUCGGCACGCACCCAGGCACGUGGGGUCCCGACGCGGCGCUGUUCGUGCCCGAGCGGCACAGCGAGGUCGACGCCGGCAAGGACUUCAGGCCGUGGGUCGACGACAGCUUCGCGCUCGUGCCGUUCGGGAUCGGGCGGAGGAGCUGCCCCGGCGUGCACUUCGCGACGGCCGUGGUGGAGCUGGUGCUGGCCAACUUGCUCUUCUCCUUUGACUGGAGCGCGCCGCUCGGCGAGGCGGUGGAUACCGAGGAGGUGAAUGGGCUGACGGUGUACAGGAAGAACCCUCUCGUGCUGCUAGCCAAACGGACGAGCCAGUGAGACAAUUUGAUCGUAGGAUAAGGACCGUUCGGAAACUUAUACACGCCUCAUGCUCAUGCACCUAAUAAAAGGCUAAAACUAGCUUGCAGUGCUGUAAUCUAUGCUCACUAACAGGUGAUGCAUACGUCUGGUCUGAAAAUUUGUGUACACGUGCAUUCUGUAUUUUCGGUACUGCCGGCUCUUAGCUGCUACUAGUAAACAUUCUAAACAAUUCAGGGUGCAUUGGUGUUAAUUAGGCAGAUCCAAUGCUACAUCCUGUGUUUGUAAACCGACCAAGUAACUACAACCUCCGUUCCAUGUUAA